UGGCACAGUCCCGGGCAGAGCUUUGCCUCCGAGGCCCCGACGAAUCCGUCCAUGGGGAAGCGGAAAAGCUCAUCCCGCCGCUCGGCGGCGGUAAACUCGGACGAAUCGGAAGAUGGGGAUACGCGAUGGAUCAUCUCGCCGCUUGGCCCCGACGCGUCUCGACCGCCCGCCCAAUCCCGUACCGGGUGCCCGUGUCAGUGCCACCAGCAGGGGACAAAGCGGAAGGCCCCGGGUGCCUCUCGGAGGCGUCGCAACCAGCCGGAUAACAGCACAAAUGUCAUCCGCGUGUACUAUGGCCAUAGAGAACAACGCACGCUAAGUCUAAAUGAUCGCUUAUCUUUCUACAGAGGACAUAAUUUCAGUGGAUUCGGACACGUAGUGGUCGAGCUGCCGCAGCCGCGGCCUAUGACAUUGGUGGAUCUGCACCUCUGGAUCUUGAAAUUGUUCCGGCUCCACCCGGAAACACAAGAUCUCAGCAUCACAGGGUUCUUCAAAGAAUACACCCCUGACACUUACUCAGACCCUCACUUUCUGGACCAAAUCCUGGACUGGGAUAUCCGGUUUUUCACCACAGACAGAGAUUGGAGUUCCUUUGUUAAUAAAAUGAAGAGGAAGAAUGUGCAGCAGAAGUUCAAGCUGUUCGUCGACUGCUCUGAACUCAAGCACUACGAUGUUCUGCUCAAAGCAGUCCAUGAGGAUUACACACCACCAUCGACGGUUGUUCUGCCGGAGACGAAAUGUCUGUUAAUUGAUGACCCUGAUCAUCACUUCCACCUUGUUGAAGACUGGACAAUGACCCCUCAGGAAAUCGUAGUAUAUCUUGCUGACAACUACGACAAGCAGAUCAGGCUUGCUGAGGCGUGGAGAGCAAAACUGAAGGUGUUGGAGACUGCAUUUGGGACCUUUUUUCAUUCAUACGACUCUGUCCCAGGGUUGCUUCAGGAUAUAGCAUGCAACCCUGGUGGUUUUGUUGACAUCAAGGAUACAGAGGUUGUUGGCUGUGAGGAUUUCAGAGUUCUCCAUCGUAUCUUUUGGGCGUUUGCGCCUUGCAUACAUGCCUUCCGUUGCUGUCGCCCUGUGCUUUGUGUUAAGGGCACACCACUCUGGGAAAUAUCAAGGAAUGCUGCUCACUGCUGUAGCACUAGAUGCUAAUGAUUUCCUUGUUCCAGUUGCAUUUGCUGUCACUGAGGGGGAGACCAAGGAAUGCUGGCUGUGGUUUCUUAGGAAUCUCAAGCGAGCGGUUGUGAAGGAGCGAUCCGGCGUCUGCAUUAUACAUGACUACAAAAUGGAGUUGGUCAAUGCUGUAGAAGAUAUUCAGAAUGGCCAUCAAGAACUACACCCAUGGACAGAUCUACAAAGCCGGUGGUGUAUGCUACACCUUGCUGAAAACUUCUUGGCACAUUUUGGCGACAAGAAGCUGCUGGCUAUGUUCAAGAGACUUUGUGAGCACAAGCAAAAAAGCAAGUUUGCUGACACCUGGGAGGAGCUAGAUGACUUGACACUGAAACAUAUGAGGGAGAAAAAUGGUGGUGCUAGUCAGGAAAUGCAGCAGGAGUCGGUCAAGCAUGAUGAGGCAGAACUUGUGGCAGGAAACCCAUGAUGAACCACGUGUUGAAGGGAGUGCAGUGCCUUCCGAUCAGCGCGAUAGUGAAGGUGACACUCAACCGUAUGGAAGAGUACUUCAAAAGCACAAGCGAUGCAGCAAAAGAAGCAAUAGAGAAUCCAGUAAUGAACUUCCCUAAAAGAGUCCAGGAUGACAUUAAUUCCAAAAUGCAAAAGGCCCAGACUCAUCAAGUUAUCCGCAUGACCACCAAGGACAAAAAUGCUGCGAAAGAUGUCGGAAAAUUUGUGGUUAAGUCAGGGCAGAAGCGUGUAAGUGUUCACCUGGAUUCAGAAUAUGCCACUGGCAUGAAAAUGUCUCGAGGAUGCAGAAUCAGAAAAAGUGCCGCGUGUUCAUGCAACAAGCCGCAUCUUCUUCGCAUGCCCUGCUCUCAUGUCAUUGCCGUCUGCUCUCAUAUUGGAGUUAGCGCUGCUACAUACGUGUCCCCAUACUACACCUUGUCCUAUCUAGGAGAUACCUGGAGCAGCAAAUCUGUUGUAUCCGACUCUUCAUAUGACUACAGGAAAUUUGGCUCUGCGACAACAACUUGGAUCCCGGACAAAAAGUUGGAGUGUGGCCUUCCUGUGUUUCCAACAUCAGACUGCAUACAAACUGGCCCGGAUGAGGAAGAUCAAUAGUGAAGCGUUGAAAGUGGAUCAAUCAAGGAAGGAAUGGACACUCAGAAGAACCUAGCUAAACUUGAACUUUUGUUAUCCGCUAGUUUAGUUAUAUUUGUACCAAAUUUGCAGUAGCUCCCGAGCUUAAGUUAUCCUAUGCAAACUUGAACCCUUAUUAAUAUGUGUUGUACUUCUAUCAUAUCCAAGCAAGUGAAUUUCACAGUUUCUUCAGGCAAUAUGGUUAAUAGCCCU